AUGGAACCUCGUGGAUCCCCGGAGGACAUAAUCAGGAUAAUCCUUGCGUACUUACUCUUAUCACGAGGAGUAGCCUCCGUCGAAUUGAUUCCAUAUCUCGGUGUGCAUAAAGGGCAGAGAUACGAGAAUGUGACAUCAGAAUCUCAGGAGCUGUCCCUCGGAACAUGCACCAUUAAUUGCGUGAUGCAUGAACCGAUUCCCUGCUAUGCCUUCAACUAUCGGGAGACCGAUCGUUCCUGCCAAUUGAUUCUCAACAGGAUGAGCAGACUCGUGGAUGCGAAUGGAUAUUGGUCCUACGUACAGUGGUUGUGUCUGAGAGAGUAUCCGACGAUUGAAAAUGCGAAGGUGUCCUUCGAGGGAUGGAACGGAACGUACCGUGCUCCAGCACGGGGGAUAGUCAAGUUCCGUUGCGAACAUCCAAGAGGAUUCUCGGAUGGAGCUCUUCUUCACACGGCUGAAUGCGCUCCUUUGAAUCCGGAUUCUUGGUGCAUCUCUUUCCGGGAGGAUGCUGUGAAAUAUCACGCCGACGUGCAUCACAACUUUUGCCGAAAUCCACAUAUGAUGAAGAUGGACACCCCGUACUACAUGAGUGUGAACAUUGCUCAUUGGUGCUACUACAAAUAUGGAGACGGCAUCCGGGGGGGUUAUUGCGACAUCCCAUUCUCCAAUAGGCUAUUUGAAGAUGUUGGAGACAGGACGGGAGUGUACCCGGAAUGCCUACUAACAAUGAAAGGGAAGGAAUACGUUGGGAGCCAGAACAAGACAGAAACUGGAAAGACUUCCCCACUUGAAUGUAAGAAAGACAUGAUGGGAGAAUCCUACAUAGGCACAAAAAAUGUGACCAACAAAGGACACAAGUGCCAGCCGUGCAUUGCUGGUCGGAUGGAAAAAGAACAAGAUAUGUAUUCGGACUAUGAUGGAAAUGAACUUCAGUCGGUCAAAAAUCUCCACCUGCGGAUAUUGGACGACUUGCACCCAACACACAACUUCUGUCGGAACUGGAACGGUGACGAGGGAGGUCCUUGGUGUUACAAGAGCGGUGUGAUUGGUAGGGAUUAUUGUGAUAUUCCCAUUUGUUCCCAAAACGUUCCAGAAAAGUAAGAACAUCAAUUUUGCCCUGCUUGUAUUACUUAAAUGUUGUGCCAUUACUACUUGCUCCCAGUUCUUUUUAUUCCAAGCAGAUAUUCGCUUCUGGCUGAUUCUAAUUUCUGUCUCGAUAACCCUCCUCCUUUAUAGACACACGACAAAUAUCUUCAUUGACGAUCGCAAAACCAAACCCAGUCCAGCCAUUCACAUGUAACAAUGUCAAGAAGAAUGCGAAAUUUUUUCAUUGUUCCUUGCUGAUAAUAUGAAC